AUGAAAUCAGAAACGAAUGCUUCAGCUAGUUGUUCUGACACAACGGAUACCACAGGUGAGAGCAAUCUAUUGUUACAAACAUGGGAUCCUCAAUUCAAAGCUAAGCACCCACUUCAAAUAUCAUGCAAGGCAAAUGUACAAGAUAUUAACAGGCAGACACAAGGUACUGAAUGUAAGACCAUCGUACACUCAUGUCAAUAUUAUGUGGGAGUGAGAUGUACCAAGAAAGUAGUUUUGAAGCCUGAUGAUCCUAUUGAUUGUUUCUUUAUUGUCACCGAUGUUCAGGGAAAUGCAGUUACAGGCGUACCCAUACAAUGCAAACUUGUCAAACUUGGCUCAGAAACAAAGGGUUACAAUAGUUGGGAAACAAUUACUCCAAUUACCGAGCUAGCUAUUGUAUCUCAAUCUCAACCUGUGCUUCAUACUUUUACUCUUAGCAAAAAUACGAAUGACUCUGCUUAUGGAGAAUAUGCAAUUAUGUGUGAGAUCAAAGAGUCUACAACACCUUUAUUUAGGUCAGGAAUCAAUAGAUGCUCUGUGGAAAUUCGCAAGUUCGGUCACAAGAGUCAUCUUCAAUCUAAAGGUUAUGCUUCUCUUAACCAGGAGUCUCUUGAAUUAGUGGCAAACAAAUAUGACUCAGAAACGUACAAACCUGGAGAAGUUGCCAGCAUUUUUGUUUCUCCUCCAUUUUCAGGCAAUUGUGCAGGAAUCAUGUGGGUAACAUGUAAUGGAUUGGUUCAAAAAGAAGAGUUUGAGAUUAGUGGAGAAGCAGGAUUUAUAGAGCUCAAGGUUCCAAUCAAAAAAGAGUACAGACCAAACAUUGAUAUUCAUGUAAAACUUUAUGGAUUGGAUAAGUAUAUUGAUGAGAAAGACAAAGAAAGGCAACUCCCAGCUCACGCCUCUGGACUCUUGAAAUUGAAUGUUUCUAAAGAACAUCAUGAGCUUGAUGUCGUGGUAAUACCAAAACAUUCUGUAACAAGCCCAGGAAAAGAGACCUCGGUGGAGGUGGUUGUUACAGAUAAAGAGGGUAGAAACCAACAAAAUUGUGAAGUGUGUUUAAUUGUUGCUGACGAAGCCGUAUUGGAUAUGGUGUCUCAUGAAAUUCAAGAUCCCGUCUCUACAUUUGUUAUUCAAAAUACUUGCCAAACAUCCUUCAUUUCCAACCGAUCUGAUGUGCGCUACUGGCUUUACCCGAGAAAGAAUCAACGAGAAAUUGAACUUAAUGAAGAAACCCAAGAAGCAUCCAGAAACUGUUAUGCAGAGGAUGAGGACGAGGAAUGCGAGGAAGGCGCUCUUUAUGAUGAUAUGAAAUGUUGUGAGUGUGUACGGUGCACAGCGUGCUUAUCAAAAUCCUGUGCUAAAGAAGAGUGUAGGAAGUGUUCAGCAAAAAAAGAUUGUGCUCCUUCUUGCUCUGCAGGUCAUAAAUGUAAGAAGAGUUCAGCAAAAAGAAGUCGUGCUCCUCCAAAACCAAAUGCUAGUUGUUGCGCAGGAGAAUAUGAAGAAAUGGAAGAGAGAAAAGACCAGUUUGCUGUCAGAUCCAACUUUAGACCAGAUGCAGCUUUUAUAGCAUUUGCAAACACUGACGAGAAUGGCCGUGUAAUUUUGAGUUUUAAACUCACGGACAGCCUCACAAGAUUCCGUGUCACAGCUGUUGCAAACAUGGGUGAUGAUUUAUUUGGAAUUGGAAAAACAAAAAUUACAACUUCUUUACCAAUGGCUGUUCGACCAUCCCUGCCACGAUUUCUGAAUUAUGGAGAUAUGUGUGACCUUACCUAUGUUCUUCAAAAUCAAACCACAGCCGCUUUAACUGUGGCGGUAGUGUGCCAUACCUCAAAUUUAAGAAUAUUCAAUAAUGAGGAUCAAAAUCAAAGAGAUAAGGGUGUGAAUCUAGUGAUUCCUGCCCUUGGACGAACUGAAGUUAGAUUCCCUGUGCGAGUUCUUAAAUGUGGUACAGCAAUGAUUAACGUCGGACUUCGAGUGUUAAAUGCUGUAGCUGAUAAAGCAGAAAAUCAAGAUCAAGCAGAUUUGAUGAUUGGUUGGAGUGAUGCUGUAAAGAAUGAGUUUAGAAUAUUUACACCAGCGACCAAUGAGGCAUUUGCUACCUAUGGAGACAUGAGCGAGACUAAUGAAACUAUUCUUCAACCAAUAGCUCUUCCUGACAAGCCAUUGCUGGCAAACUUUGGAGAAUUCACGCUAACUACAUCUACCACUGCUCUCUCAUCUCUAGUAGACUCUCUCAUUUACUUGUAUUCAUACCCAUAUGAGUGCAACGAGCAACGAGCUUCAAAACUUUUAGGAAUUGUGUGUAUGAAAGAAAUUAUUUUACAAUUUUAUUCACCAGAAGAAUUGUUUAACCUCAUGAAAAUUAGAUCAAGAGAAGAAGUGGACGAAUUUGUGAAUAAGGAGUUGAAGAUGCUUUUUGACAACCAACGAUAUGAUGGAUCGUAUUCAUAUUGGACUGCUAAACUUUUUGGAGAUCCUUAUCUCACGUGUUAUGUCGCUUUGUGCUUUGCAAAGUGUAAACAGGAAGGCUAUCAAAUUCCGGAAGCUACUCUCAGAAAAACAAAAUCUAUCCUUCAACGAAUUGAUAGUUUGUUCUUUUUGAGCUUCUUGUGGCCAAGAGUAGUGAAAGAUUCCAUCAAAAGUUUUGCGUACUACGUAUUUUCUUUGCUUGCGGAGCCAUAUGAGUAUGAGACGGUAAUCUCAUUAUGUGAAAGCGUCUUGUCACACUACAAAGAUGUUACUGAUUUUACAAAUCAGCUUACACCUGAAUGUGCUGCUUGGCUUGCCAUGGCCAUCCACAAAUGUAAGAAGGAGGAAUCAGAAGAAGAACCAAAGAAGUCAAGCAAAAAGACCGCUACUCAAUGGUUAGAUUUGUUCAGAAAGUAUUUCACUGAAAAUGUUACUCUAGAUUCAGGAGUUUAUGCCCACUUUAUUACCCGAUAUGAAGACUCUGAAAUUGCCAACAUGGUCAUGCUUCACUCCAAUACUAGAACUGAUAGUCUUGUAUUGAGUUGUCUCAUGGAAAUUGAUAGAGAAAAAAGUAGUGACAUUAUUCAAAAGCUAGUGCGUAGUUUAUUGGCUGCGCGAAACAACAGUCGCUAUGGAAGAUGGUACAACACACAGGAAAACGCCACGUGUUUAAUUGCGCUCACUGAUUACUUUAAAAUAUUUGAGAAUGAAGUUCCUGAUUUGACUCUCCACUCUUGGCUAAUAGAUCGAACAAGAUCGGAAGAAACACUGUACAUUGGUGAAGAAUCUUGGAAAGGUAGAAGUAGAGAAAAGAAAAUUACAUCUCUACCAAUUAAGGCCUUCGCUCCAAGAAAAGACAUUGAGGCAGAAGUAAUCAAUCCAAAAGAAUUGGACACGAAGAAAGAGCUACUUGUCACCAAGUCAGGACCUGGUAGAUUAUACUACAGAAUUGCUCUGUCAUACACUCCGGAGAACUUGUGCUUGAAAUCAAUGGAUAGAGGCUUUUCAGUAUAUCGGUAUUAUGAAGGAGUCACCAAUGCAGAACAUGUCAAGUUUGACAAGGCAGAAAAUGUAUGGAAAAUUAAGGCAGGAGAACUGGUCCGAGUUCAACUCACUAUUACCAAUACUGUCAAAAGAUACAACGUAGCCCUCGUUGAUAAAAUUCCUGCAGGUUUUGAGGUUGUCAACCCUGAGAUUGAUACUCAAAUCGUUGACCUGAACCAAAAAGUUGAUGAAAGCACUUAUGGAUUUUCACAAUCUUGGCAUGAACAUCAAAAUAUUCGUGAUGAACGAGUUGAAGCUUUUGCUAGAAUGCUCCACGUUGGUUGUCAUUCAUUUACCUAUGUGGCUCGUGCCACCACAAUUGGUUCAUUUGUAGCACCUCCAAGUCAUAUGGAAGAAAUGUACAGCCCUGAAUGCUUUGGUAGAUCCAAAACAGAAUUCGUUCAAGUGUAUGAUGGCAUUUUACACUAA